CUCGACCCCCUCUUGCUGCGGCCAACCCCCUCCAGGCAACGCGCUCAACGCUACGCCACGUGAAGCCCAGCUCCCAUCGCGUUCUCGCCUUCAAGAGGCCAUCGCGUUUGUGCGGUCGAGCAUGAUUUGCGCGUAGCGCGUUGGAAUGGGAAACGAUGCACCGCAACAUACAUCGGGCAGUGGGGAUUAGAUGGAACACAAGAGAAGGCCUGUGAAGCGGGUGAUCUAUGAGCCCACACUCACUCUCCACACCCAUCGUUUCCCGCGCUUUUUAGCGUCUCUCCCAUCAACAGUCACCAUGCAAAUUCAUCACGACAUCGCCUCUCACCCAUAUUGUCCCGAGUCUGAUGCCUCAACCCACACCCGACGCAAUAUUUGGAGCCCAUCCGAACCUACCCAGUCCAUCUGUCUCACAAGCAACCCAUUCGCCCCACUCAUCUCCAGCCGUCCCCCUUCCAUCAUCACGACUGGCACCCGCAUUGCCUGCCCUCCUUCUCCAAAGUGAGCAGCACCCGAAAUUACCUCACCAUACCACCACGCACCAUCCCCGCCUCACGCUCAAACCUCUCCAUGUGGCCCUCCUUCCACCUGACUCCUGCGCUCUCCCACGUAUGUUGAGGCGCGCUCUCGAAGAUCUCGUCAGUCUGGGGAAAUGGAAGGCCAGGUUUAGUUCUGAAAGUUCUUUUUUGCCCCCCUAG